AUGGAGUACUUACCUAGUCUUCAACAGGAGUUUGAUGAGCACAAGCCAUCGCUCUUCGAACUCCUCGCUGAGCAACAGCUCUCUGAUCUCCUUCCACCUUCCCUCCGUUACCUCCUCGCCGUCGCGACACACCGCCACCCGCGGUACCUCCUCCGGAUCCUCAACUCCUACGACGAAGUCUACGCCCUCCUUUCUCUAGUUGUCGAGCGCUACUAUCUCCGCACAUUUGGCGGAUCAUUCACCGAAAAUUUCUACUCUCUCAAGCGUGAGCGUGUGCUGCGAACCAAGAAUGGCGAGAUCCCACGCGCCCAGGUUGGCGCGGGCGGCCCCGUGCGCGACACCCUUAAGCUGCGCUCGGCAGACGUGUGGAAGAACCUGCUCGUCAUGGUCGGCAUCCCCUACUUGAAGCGCAAACUCGAUGAGGGAUAUGACAUCCAUGCCGCGCCACAGGCAUCCCUGGUGAUGGGCGGCGGGCCGCGAUACAACCCCAGCGAUGACCUCCCACACAAUCCAACCAUCCGCCAGCGUAUCUUCCACUACUAUAAGUGGUUCUUGCGCAAUGUAUACCCGUCAGUCAAUGCGGCAUACUACUUCUCUAUCUUGGCGUUCAAUCUCGCCUACCUUUUCGAUAAUACUAAAUACUCAUCGCCUUUCCUUUGGCUGAUCGGGACACGCAUUCGGCGCCUGGGAGCCGCUGAUCACCGUGCUAUUGCUGCGGUGCUGGAUCCCAAGCCCGCACCUGGCGGAAACCGCUCUCAGCGGCCUGGCUCGGGAUUGAUGGGUCUCUUGAGUCCGCAGAACAUGUACCCACAACUUCUCACAUCUCUGCGCUACUUCCUCCCCGCAUCGAUUUUCGCGUUGAAGUUCCUGGAGUGGUGGCAUGCAAGUGACUUCUCGCGCCAAUUGGCUCGCAAGGCGACUGAAGUCCUGGACUUGCCAGCUCCAGUGGUCUCGGGAUUGACCAGCCCAGCCGAGCGACGCAAGUCUGGACAGGAAGAAAAGGAGAAGAAGCAGGCGGAGCAGGAGAAGAAGGCUUCUGGGGACCUGAAGUCUGCAUUGAAAUCACCUCGCCGACAUCAACCACCUAUUUCCGCAACUUCCUACCUUCCCAUUUUUACCGUGCCUCUACCUCCGGCCGAUACAUCAAGCGCAAACACUUGUCCUGUGUGUUUGAACACGCUCGUCAACCCAACAGCCUGUCAGACGGGAUAUGUGUUCUGCUAUGUGUGUAUCUUCCACUGGCUCAAUGGAGAGCACCAGCGACAACUGGAUUUCAUGAAUGGAGAAGGUGCAGGUGCUCCCUGGGAAGAGGAGAUCACUGGAGAUGAUGAGAUGACGAAGAAAUCAUCAGAUGGCCAAAGUUCCGACGACAAGGCCCCUCGCAAGCGUAGCGGAAAGUGGGAGAGUGGUAAAGGGAGAUGCCCUGUUACAGGGAGGAGGGUUCUUGGUGGAACCGAUGGCCUCCGGAGGGUGUUGAUUUGA